ACCUCCGCCGCGGUCGCAGCCUCUGAGGCGCCUGCCCGCUCCCGGCCCGCGGUUCCGGGAGGAUGUGGGUCCUCGGCAUCGCAGCAACUUUUUGCGGAUUGUUCUUGCUUCAAGGUUUUGCGCUGCAGAUCCAGUGUUACCAGUGUGAAGAAUUCCAGCUGAACAACGACUGCUCCUCCCCGGAGUUUAUAGUCAACUGCACGGUGAAUGUUCAAGACAUGUGUCAGAAAGAAGUGAUGGAGCAAAGUGCAGGGAUCAUGUACCGCAAGUCAUGUGCAUCGUCUGCAGCCUGCCUCAUCGCCUCAGCUGGGUACCAGUCCUUCUGCUCCCCAGGGAAACUGAACUCAGUGUGCAUCAGCUGCUGCAACACCCCACUUUGCAAUGGGCCCCGGCCCAAGAAAAGGAGCAGUUCAGCCUCAGCCCCUCAGCCCGGGUUCUUCAUCACCAUCCUACUCCUCAAAGUAGCUGUCUGGUUGGCCCAGUGCUGAAGCUGAUGCUAA